AUGAGCUCACCCUCUGCACUCAGCUUGGUGGUCUCUGUGCUUCAUGGACCUCUGGGUGUGCCCUCCUGCAUCCCAUCCCUACAGUCACACUCCCACACUGUGACUGUGGAGGCAGCAUACCUGGACCACCCUGUCACACUGCAGGCACACAUGGCUGAUGGUCGUGCAAUAGAGUUUCUUUGGUCUUUUUCUCACAAGGAAAAAGAGAAAAACAUAGAAGGUGUAAAAACAUCUUGCCUUCCCAACUCAGACUGUCUGAACAGCACUGUGGUGGUCGUGCCUUUUGCUGUCUCUGACCUGAGAGUGAGUGUAUCGGGGAAUGAGCUGACCUCCGGAGAAGAAGUUUCUGUGGAUGUGGAGCUGUUCACCACCAUGAAGCACCUACUUGUCCUCAACAUCACGCAGAACACACAAUAUGGCAGCACUGAGACUGAUAAUUACAACAGAAAGAUCAGUGACAACAUCAAAAUUGCUCACCAAGAAAACAGACAAUACUACCUCAAAGUGUCUCUUUUCUCCACCUCUGACCCUUCAUCAGUGCUGCUCUCCACUGUCCUGCCUCGAGCCUUGAUGGUGUAUGAACCCAUAUGUAUCCUAAGGCCUUCUGGGAGUUGGAAAAACAGCAGCUACAGUAUAGGUGACGAGGCAGCGGUGGUUUUGUUUUUCGACCACAUCGGGACGGUUGUGGUUGAGCUUCAAGCUGAGAAUCAAGUGUCUUCUCAGAACAAAAGUGUGAGAGUGUGUGUUAAGGGGAACAGGAAGCCAUCACCGCACGUUAGACUUAAUCCGGUGUGGCAACCACCUACCAGUCAAAGUCCUGUUCAGAACCUGGCUGACAAUGUGUGGAUUUAUGCGGAAAAGCAAGCUUAUCCCACAAAUACAGAGAUAUUAUUCCUGGCUAUGACUGAAGUACCAGACCCAGUGGAGUUCCUCUGGCACUUUGGAAACUCGAGAUCAGUCAGGACCACGUCAAGGAAUUUCACCAAAAGAUACAACAAACCUGGCAGGUAUGAUGUAGUUGUUGUCAUGUCAAGUGGCCGGGCUGUCCUCACCUCUGAGCGGUUCUCGCUGAUAGUCCAAAGAGCAGUGAAGCUCAACAGGCUGGUCCAUCAGGCUUCUGUCCUCCAGAACCAAACAGUGACAGUAAGCUGCAGGGUCAACGUGGGGACUGACGUCACCUUCCUGUGGAGCUUUGGAGACGGAUCAUCCAGGCUGGGACAGAGCACAGAGCAGCAUGUCUUCCAUAGGACAGGAGAGUUCAGGGUGGAAGUACUUGUGUCUAACUUGGUCAGUUCUGCCUCUCUAAGUGGUCACAUCUUUGUUGUGGACCGGCCUUGCAAGCCUCCACCAGUGAAAAAUAUGGGUCCUGUAAAAAUUCAGGUGCGAAGAUAUGAGGAAAUCAGUCUGGGGGUGACCUAUGAGACAGAAGUCGACUGUGACAUUUCACAAGGCCUUCACUACACCUGGACGGUGUUUGACUCUGCAGGACAGGCCUUCCCUUUGCCUCUCGUGGACACACACAGACAGAGCCUCAUACUGCCCAGACAUCUCCUGCACUAUGACACCUACACUGCCAUAGCCAGAGUUCAGGUCGUUGGCAGUGUGGUGUACAGUAACUACAGUGUGAGAGUCCAGGUGAUACCAAGCUCACCUGUUGCCGUUAUUCAGGGCAGUACCAACAUCUUCAUUAACAACAGGAACACAACCAUGGUUACCCUGGAUGGGCAGAGAUCUUACGACCGAGACUUCCCCAUGAACCCAAUUAGCUUCAGUUGGACAUGUAAACCAGUCAGCUCCAUCACCAGCUCCUGUUUCCAGCAUGACAGUCCCACUUCAUCCCCUGAGCUCGUAUUUCCUGCCAGUUUCCUGAAACACAACUUUGACCAGUUCCAGUUCACGCUCACCAUCCACAGCAAUGAGCGUUCAGCUUCAUCUGAGUCUUUCCUCACAUUAACACCGAAUGUGAUCGGGAAGCUGUCAGUUCACUGCCCUCAGUGCCAGGGAGACCAGGUGAACUGGGGUCAGUCCUUCUCUGUCAGCGCGCUGUGUGAAGGCUGUGAUAUUUCCCCCGAACACAUCCAGUACACCUGGAGCCUGUACUUGGUCAAUGCAUCAUCCAAGCCUGUCAUAGAAGUCCCGUUCUGUUACACAGUGGAUCUUAGUGCUCCAUCCACCAUUAUGGAAGGAGAGGAGCCCUUUUAUCGCCCACUGGGGGACUUCGACCCUCCAAAGCUUUUGUACUCCUCCACUGAAUACCCACCAUUUUCCUCGGACAACAGUGGCGUCCUACAUUCAGAACACUUUGGCCAGAGUGAUGUUAUCAGUGAAUUCCCAAUUGAGUCCUCUGCUGACUGGGAGUUUUCUUUCCCCGUCCUAGAGAGUGGUGACUUGGGAGAUCAGCUGGUCAUUUUAUCCAUUGUAAUAUUAGUUUAUUUCUUUUUUUUAUUCAACUUUUUUUUGCAACUUUGUAUAAAUCUAAAGAGUAAAAAUUUAGAUUAUAAUGCUCCCUUGGUGAGUGCAGAGGAAGGCGACCCAGGGAUUUCAGCAGGGAGACCCACAGGUGUGGAUGGUGAGAGCUUCAGCCCAGGAGAUGAUACAGCGUUUGAUCAAGCGUUACAUGAAGAUGAGGGCAGUAAUCUGGUAGAUUCUAGGCCAUCAUUUGUGAUCCAGGAGCCAAUCCUGCUUGAUUUACCUCGAGACCCAAUAGACAGAAGCUUGUUUGAGCCUUACACUUACACAGGUAUUUCCUCGGAUUUGCUCAGCUUCAAACCGUUCAGUCUGAGGCCUGAGAGCAGGUACAUGCUGGAGGUCACUGCUAAAUCUCAUGAUAGUUUCUUGGGACGGACUCAGCUAUUCUUAAAAACCAGCCCUGCUCCUAAAGGAAUGAUGUGCCAGGUGCAACCAGUCAAAGGAAUGGAGUUGUAUACACACUUCAGCGUCUUCUGCACCUCAGGGAAAGAGGACUUACUUUAUGAGUACAGCAUCAGCGUAGGAGACAGACCUCCCAGGAUGCUGUAUCAGGGGCGAGACUUCCAGUACUACUUCAGUCUUCCUUCUGGUGACCCCAAUGAUAACUAUAAAGUAACUAUUUACACAGAGGUCAGAAGCAGCACAUAUGGGACAUCAACUAAACCCUGUCCUGUCACUGUCCAAGUCCAACCAAGCUUCUUCAGAGACACCUCUUCUAAUCUUCAUCCUGAUCUGGAGCUUUUAGAGUCAGGUCUGAAGAACCUCUCGUCUCUGGUGCAACAUGGAAACAGUAUGGAGAUUCGUAACUACAUCAGUCUCCUCUCAGGCAUCCUGAACAGACUCAGCCUGGACACAGAGGCAAACACACUCGCUCAGAGACGCACACGCAGUGUGCUCAUUACAACAGUGUGUGAGCUCAAGAGCAGUGAACAGGCAUCAAUGGUGGAUAAGCUCUACAUUCUCAAAAACCUUUUACAAGUUACAAGUCAGGUGUCAUUAGUGAGUGCAAGACAAGUCACAGUUCACGUUCAAGUCAUCUCAGAGCAGUUUUCAGAGUCCAGUGGUCCAGUCCGGUUCUAUCUGGACCAGAAGACACUCAACACCCUGGUCGCCGUGCUCUCCUACAGCCUGCAAGCUGCUGUCACCCAGCAUCACUUCACACCAGAAAUGUCCACUAAUGCUGACAUUACACAGGCAGUAGAAUCAGACUUACAUGAUGAAAUACAAGACUCAUCCAGAGGUGUUAACGUCAAAAGAAGAUUGAUUUCAACAAAGCAAGAAGUGCAGCUCGUAGCUGAUAUUCUGCAGACUGCUUCACAUUUAAUGCUGAAGUACAUUGUGUCCCAUAAGGCCCAGGAGCACAGAGUCAGCACUGGGCUCAUAACCUUAUACACUACAUAUCAAAACCAAACCUCCACAGUCAUCAGCAGUAGCUCCACCACCUUCUACAUGCCAGCCUCCUUGAUCGAGCUCCUGUUUGUUCAUCGCAGCAAAGAGACUGAGAGCAGAAGGCAUCAACCGUGUGUGCUCAGCAUGCUGACUGAGCUCACACUCAGCCCUUACACUUGGGCUCACUAUCCUGAAAGGCUCAGUGGACCAGUGGUUGAUCUGAGUCUGUACCAGUGCAGCACAAGGAGAAAGAUCCCAGUCCGCUACCUCAUUCAGCCCAUAAAUAUCGUGCUGCAACAACCACCAAGAAACGAGAGCUCUGUGCCUGAGUACAACCUUCUGUGCAGUCAGGUCAACUACCACAGCUUCAACAUUACCCAGGAGCACUUGCAGCAGGCCAUCCAGCUGAGUGUGGUGUUCACAGAACCACUCAAUAAGGCUUUUCCCAUCAUGCUGCUUUUCAGAAUGUUUGAGAAGCCAACUCCCAGCAUGCACCAUCUGCAAAGGAUUCACCACUGGGAGAGCAACACCACACGCUUCACUCUGCCUCCAUCCUACGUCAGUGCUGCAGGGGUUGGUCACCUGGCCCUGCUGAAUGCUGAUUUUGGGAAAGGAUCCAGACACAAACACCUGAGUAAACAGGUCAGCUACAGUCUCAGAGUGGACAGCAGCCUGUGUUUGUCCUGGGACAGCCACCAGGGGGCCUGGACACACCGCAGCUGCAAGACACAGCAAGCAGACGCAACUACUGCAGUCAACUGCAGCUGUCACCAGUUGAGGCCGUUGACUGUGGUGCAGCAGCAGAUCCAAAGCAGCCAUGACACAACCGAUCUGGACCCAUUUCUAAGUGUGUCCAGUGAUCUGACAUUGCUGGGUGUGCUGGUGUUGUGUGUGUGCCUGUACAUCCCGGGGUUGGAGAUGUGUAAGAGAGCAGAUGCUGUCUCUGAGGCGAAUCAGAGAGUACACUACCUUUCUGACAACUCACCGUGUGACCCAUACCUCUAUGCUGUUACAAUCCACACUGGUCUCUGCUCAGCAGCCUGUAUGAGUGCAAAGGUUUACAUAGCUCUGAAUGGUCAAGAUGGGGUCUCGCAAACAAGAGAGCUACAAGUCCCAGGAUGCACUCUGUUCAGGAGGAACUCUCAAGACACCUUUAUAUUAAGUGCAGCAAGCAGCCUGGGGCCUGUGUGGGGGGUUCACAUCUGGCAUGACAACUCUGGACCCUCCCCGAACUGGUACCUCAAACAAGUGGAGGUAUGUGAGGUGAUUAGAGGGCACGUAAAGGGACAGGCUUGGCUCUUUGUUGGUCAGUGCUGGUUGGCUGUGAACAAAAGUGAUGGCCGGGUGGAAAGAACGCUGUGUGUUUGCACUCAGGGAAUAGGCUUUGCCAAGCUGUUGUGUCUCAAGCUAUCUGACUACAUGGCCGACCACCACAUUUGGAUAUCUGUGUACAGCUGCCCCUCCCUGAACUCAUUCACACACACUCAAAGACUUGGCGUGAGCCUGCUGCUUCUGUUGGGAUACGCAUGUGUCAACUCAAUAAUCAUAUCACAAAUGGAAUAUCGUCUGCUGUUUGAUUUGGGCAUUAUAGAUGUAUCAGCUGUUUCUGUGAUGACAGGAGUAGUAAGUGUGGUGGCAGUGUUACCUGCAGCAGCAAUAAUAUCCUGCCUGUUUCGACUGCGUGAGGUCAAGCUGACGGGGUCAGGAGUCCAACAUGUGAGGGGCAGAAAGACGGAAAAGGACUUUAAUGAAGAUAGCCUUUCAGUUAAUAGCAGUGUAAUAGAGCCUCAUCUCCCUUGGAGCAGUCUUCAGCAGUGGGCACAGGAAGCUUGGAGGAAAAAAUACCAGGGCACAGAACUGAGGUCAGUGUCCACUGACUCUCUGGAAAAUAAAAACACAGAUAAAGAACAUGUAGUCCAAACAGAUGAUGACAACAAUAUGGGAGCAACACUUCCAAACGUGUUGCUGAUUACUGAGGGGAACAGUUUUGAUCAAGCACCUCAGGGAAAAGAGUUUGAUCUUUUAAGUGAAAGCAGCAGGUUUCAUGGAACUCAGAGGGAUCAUUUGUCCGGUACAAGGGACGGAGGUCAACCUAUUCAGGAGGAGAAAUGUCCUCAAGGAAAAAACCACAUCAUCGACAGCCUGAAUCAGAGAAGAUUCAGACCAGUAUCUCAGUGGUGUCACUAUCUGGCCUGGACACUGUGUCUACUGUUGUCUCUUUCCUGCCUGGUGCUCUCUGCAGUGCUGGGACUGAGGUUCUGCAGCAGCAAGGUUGUGCUAUGGAUACACUCGCUAUUCUUCUCCUUGAUGUCUUGCAUCUUCCUCAUUCAGCCUGCUGUGAUAAUUACAGUGGCAGUGAUUGUCUCCUUUUGGUACAGGAAAAGAUUAGACUUUCAUAGUUUCUCUGUUAUAAGAGAGUUUGAAAUCGAGAAAACAAAACUGUGGAGCUACGAUGGUGCUGAUCAACAAGAAGAGCAGUUUACAUCUGCCUUUCCCCAAGAAGGAUCCUCAUACGUUCAAAAGAUGCUUGGAGCUCGUCAGCGAGCACGGUACCUCCGCCUUGUACGCCCACCAACUCCAGCAGAGCUGAAGAGAACCCGCACAAAGAGAAGAAGAGAGACUUUUAUCCACAACACUCUCAGGGAUUUGUCUGUCUGUGGCUCCAUGCUUUUCCUGAUGCUGUGUAUGAAUUAUGGCAGCCCAUUUACUGACCAUUACCACCUCAAUAAAGCUGUCAGAAAACAGUAUAUAAGGGGCCAUAAUAAUGCAUUUAUGUCCAUCCAAAAGCAUGAGGACUGGUGGAACUGGGCACAGACCAGUCUUCCUAAUUUACUGGACAAGAACAUAUCAGCUGCAGCAGAGCAGUCACACAUCUUGAUUGGAGAGCCAAUCCUGUGGAAGUCAGGGGUGUCCAGCUCAUUUCAGGUCUCUAGUGUGUCAGAACGUCUUCACUUAUUCUUGCCUGGGAGCAGAACAUCGAGUCUCCUACAGUCUAAAGACUUAGUUCUCAUGGCAAGACAUCCAAGGUCAUGUGGUCACCUGGACUGCUACUUGGGACCAAAUACAACAGUUCGCUUAGGCCACACAAAGUCUGAUGCCACAUCCAAACUGAAGCUCCUGCAUUCAGGUGGCUGGCUGUGCAGACAGACGGUGGCCAUAAAGAUCCGCUUUACCUUGUUCAGUCCGGCAGCCAACUUGUUCACCAGUGUGACCAUGGUCACUGAGCAGAGCCCCACCGGUAUCCUGCUGCCCUCUGCCAACGUCCAGUCAGUAAUGGUGUAUCACACUCCUGCUGUGUGGGACUAUGUUGUCAUGGUGUGCCAGCUCCUCUUCCUUCUCUUGUCUCUGUGGCAACUCUGGCAUCAAGUGUACACUGUAGGGCAGCAGGGGCUGACGGGAUACUGGAGGACACCCUGCAACUGGGUGGAAGUAAUUUUGCUGAUAGUAACUUUAGUGCACUAUGUUUAUUACAUCUAUCAUUCAGUUAUUAUCUGGGAGGUUGUGGAGCUGCUGCAGAGAAGCAACUACAGAGAACAUGUUGACGUUAGCCUCCUGGCUACCUGGGAACAAUGUAUUCGUACUCUGCGUGGCCUUACGCUCUUCCUUCUCACUAUGAAGUGUGUGAUUGUGCUGAAAGGGAACAGGACCUUGGCAACCUCUGCUACACUCUUCACCCGCUCAGUCUCCAGCCUCUUCUGGCCAACGAUUUCAGGUCUCAUCCUGAUGGUGGCGCUAUCCUGCGUCGGGAAUCUCCUGUUCGUGCAAAGCUCCAGGGCCUUCAGCUCACUUCCCAGCUCCCUUCACACCCUGCUCUGUCGAUGCUGGCACCCUAGGGCCACAAGGGGACUCUUGCUUUCUGGGCAUGAUUUCCUUUAUAGUGGAUUUCUAAAUCUGUCCUCUGUGGCGUGGAAAGCAGUGCUGAUAGGUGUGAUGUCCUCAUUGGUCAGAAGUGCCAAAAGAUCUCGAAGAAGGGGGAAUGUCUUCACCAUAGCAGAACUUGCUGGCUACAUCAGACGAAGGAUCCCUGAGUUCACUGGGCAGCAAAGACGAGCGUGGAUAGAAAAUCACAUGGAAAGGAGGACUUAUUACUUUGAGGAGUUUGAAAGCUUAUUGGAUGAACUAUUGUUCAGACUCAGCACCCUCUCAAACGGUCUGCACCACACUCUGCCCGCCAAAGCUCACCACUACCGAGAGGACAGUCUUGUCAUCUCACCCUUACAAGAGCCCUCCAACAUGACCGCACAGGACUUUGUAAGAACACAAAUGACAGAAGAGGCAACGGUGAAUGAUUACACAGGUGUCAGUGGCCAUGCAGAAACCCUACCUGCAACUCACCUGCUCAGCAGGUCCGAGCUUGAACUGGAGAUGGUGCAGGUCCUGCAGCAGAGAGGCCAAAGGGGAGACUUUUCGUCCUCAGAUAUUGUUGUGACAUCGAAUAAUUCACAACAACCUGGACCAAGAGCUGGAGAAAAAACAAAUGAUAGAGGGCUUCAGACUUAUCUAAAGGCACAUUGCUCUCCGUCCCUCCCAGAGUCAACUUCACACGACAGGAUCUGGACAGAAGAUGUUCUGGAGAAGCAAGAUAACCAAUGGACUGAAACAAAUGACAGUUUCUGGUUAAGUAAAACUCAUACUCACAUAGCCACACAUACAGAGAUGGUGGUGGAAGUUCUGGUCCAUGACAAGCCUGGGAGUGUAGAGCCAGAUAAACAGUAGCUCUAGUUGAGUCAGGGAAGGGGCAGGGGGGAGCUAGCUGUCCCCCUUGGCGCCACAUUGUAGACAAAACAUGAUAAAGUGUCCUCUUGGGUGCCCUCCCAGUGGAGAGAAUAUGUUUAAAUGCCCCCUGGGUGCUUGUAAAUUGACAAAACAUGAUAAAGUGCCCUCUAUGGUGCCUUUCCAGUGGAGGAAACCUAAUGAAGUGAAGGGAAGUUAUGAUUCUCUUCUAGUAGAGAAAGUAUCCUCUCGGGUGAAGAGAUAAGUGAAGAAAACAUGAUAAAGUGCCCCCAAGGAUGCCCCCAGUGGAGAAAAUUUGAUGAAGUGUCCCUAGGAUGCCCUAAAAUGUAGAAAAUGUAAUGGAGCUGGUGCUUUUUUAUUUUUUUCACCUUUGGCCCACAGACAGCCUGAAUUUGGCACUGAACAGUAGGGUCCAGUCCAGACAGUUGUGGCUGGGACACUACAGACAUAAUAAAAAAACCACAACCUGCAUGGUCUUUCUUUUUACUAAUCUAUUAAGAUAUAAUGUAUCUACUUAAUUAAAAAAAACAUUACCUGGAACAUGUCUUCCACUAUUAACAUAUACUUACAACUUGCAUUGUUGCAAAAACUGCAUAACUGUUGUUUGUGAUCUUGUAACUGGGUAAUGAACAAUUUAUUAAACGUUUACAAAACUCAAAUAAUCCUUUUGGAAUACAUAAAUAAAAUAUUUUUUGUUAAAAAGUAAUUAAUCAGGUGAGUUUUUUUUACCGUUUAUAAUUGUGGAACAAAUCUGCAGUUGGGCAUAUUAGUCAUCCUGAUUCCCUACAGGCUGACUAUGUUACCAUGAUACAUGCCAAAUAAAAUACAUUUUCUUUUAUGUACUUGCAAACUUUCAAAAGCUGUAUUUAAUGUGUUUUUAUUGUUCUAUGAAAGUUGAAUGUAUAUGUAUUGUAAGGCAUUAUUUACUUGCAAGCAAGCACAAGUCAUUGUCCAAUUAUAUAACUUUUCAUAAGAAUACCGUGUGACUAGUCCUUAGACUUCUGAAGAUAAGCCCUUAAGAUAUUGCUUUUUUAUGACACUGAUUUGCUAUCAAAAUAUUAAAAACUGUGACCCUGAGGCUUCUAA